AUGGUCAGUUUCGGCAUUAAAUCGUCUAAAAGUAAACAUCACGCGACGCAGCUGACUCCGGAUGAGUUAAUCGGUUUUGUUUACGCCCUGACGCCAGAACAGAAAGAACUGGUGAGUGAGCUGAAGAAGAGAUUCGUCAACGAAAUGGCAGGGAAUGAGGACCUGUUCGACGAUUUGUUUCUAGUCAGGUUUCUGAGGGCAAGACAGUUUGAUUUAAACAAAACUACAACGAUGUUGACCAAGUAUUUCGCCUGGAGAGCCCAGGUUGACGUUCCCAAAGUGCUGAAGAUGAACCUCACCAGUAUCAGGGAUACGAUUAAGAUGUACUACCCUCACUGCUUCUACGGCACUGACAAGCUAGGAAGACCCAUAAAUAUAGAGCACAUGGGCCUCUCUGAUACCACGAAGCUCGUGCACGUGCUACCGCAGGAGCAGUUGACAAACUAUUUCAUUCAACGCUACGAAUAUUUGACACAUGUUGUUUUACCGUCCUGUUCAAUGUUCGCAAACCACAACGUUGAGCAGAUACUGACGAUAGUUGACUUGAAGGGACUGCAGGUGCACCAAAUCAACUCUAAAUUCAGAUCGUUUUUAUCGUCGAUGUCAGGACUCACGCAGAACUACUACCCGGAAAACCUGGGAAAGCUCCUUUUCAUCAACGCAUCGCCAGUAUUCUCGGCAAUAUAUACAUUUUUGUCGGCGCUAGUAGAUAAGAAAACUUUAUCGAAGAUUUCCGUGAUAUCCUCUAAAACUGAGUCCCUGGAGAGGGUCUCGGAGUUAGUUGACAAGGAUCAGCUUCCCAAGUUUCUCGGAGGUACGCGUCCCGACGAAAACUGGUACUCCAGUUCCUUCGGGCCGUGGACUGACGAGUCCAUUUUGCAGAAACUUAAGGAGAGGCCGCACGUCCAGGAGGAUCUAUACAACUACGAAUUUCUGUAA